UUGGCCUUCCAGGACCUGUCCCCUGCAUUCUACUUCCGCUUCCGCUCAUACUUUCUUCCAGUUGCAUCAUUUUCCAGGCGCCGGCUGCGGCUGUUCCUAGUUAGACAUUGACAAGAUGGUUCAGCCAGUCCCAGAGACCAUUCAUUUCCCCUCUGAGGAAGAGCGCAUCCUCAAGCUGUGGGACGACCGUAACUGUUUUCAGGAAUGUCUGAAACAGUCUAAGAACAGGCCGAAAUUUACCUUUUAUGAUGGACCUCCAUUUGCUACCGGCCUUCCCCAUUACGGACACAUUUUGGCUGGCACUAUAAAGGACGUUGUGACCAGGUUUGCGCAUCAGAGUGGAUUCCAUGUAGACAGAAGGUUUGGAUGGGAUUGCCACGGUUUACCAGUGGAAUAUGAAAUCGACAAAACGCUGGGAAUAAAGGGACCAGAAGAUGUGGCAAAAAUGGGAAUCGCUGAAUACAACAAACAGUGCAGAAGCAUUGUGAUGAGAUACGCAAAUGAAUGGGAGUCAACUGUGACCAGAUUGGGGCGUUGGAUUGAUUUUAAAAAUGACUAUAAGACUCUUUAUCCCUGGUUCAUGGAAACAGUUUGGUGGGUGUUCAAGCAACUGUAUGACAAAGGACUGGUGUACAGAGGAGUGAAGGUUAUGCCAUUUUCCACUGCAUGCAACACUCCACUCUCAAACUUCGAGUCUCACCAGAAUUACAAGGAUGUUCAAGAUCCCUCUGUAACUGUGACCUUUCCUCUGGAAGAGGACGAAAGCGUUUCUCUGAUUGCUUGGACAACCACACCGUGGACCCUGCCCAGUAACCUUGCUCUUUGUGUGAACCCAGAGCUCAUGUAUGUCAAAAUCAAAGAUCAUGCUACAGGGAACGUGUACAUCAUGAUGGAGGCUCGGCUAUCAGCCCUCUUUAAAUCGGAUGCCGAAUACACACGUCUUGAUAAAUUCCCAGGCAAGACCCUUAAAGGCAAGAAAUACAAACCUUUGUUUGACUACUUCAUAACGAGCAAAGAAAGUGGUGCUUUCACUGUAGUGCUGGAUAACUACGUGAGAGAGGAGGAAGGCACAGGUGUUGUUCAUCAGGCCCCGUAUUUUGGAGCUGAUGACUACAGGGUCUGCAUGGAUUAUAAUAUAAUCCAGAAGGAUUCUGUACCAAUCUGCCCAGUGGAUUCUUCUGGUUGCUUCACCGCAGAAGUGGCAGACUUUGUUGGACAGUAUGUUAAGGAUGCAGACAAAAACAUUAUUAAAUUAUUGAAAGAAAAAGGGCGAUUGGUUAAUGCCAGCACUUUCAAGCACAACUACCCAUUCUGCUGGAGAUCAGACACCCCACUGAUUUACAAAGCUGUGCCGAGCUGGUUUGUGCGAGUGGAACACAUGGUGGACAAGCUGCUGGAGAACAACAGCAAGUGCUACUGGGUUCCUGAGUUUGUGAGGGAGAAGCGUUUUGGGAACUGGCUGAAAGAUGCCCGUGAUUGGGCGAUUUCAAGGAACAGGUACUGGGGCACUCCCAUUCCACUCUGGGUCAGUGAGGACUUUGAAGAGGUGGUGUGUGUUGGGUCAGUAGCUGAGUUAGAGGAGCUGACUGGAGUGAAGGUAACGGAUCUUCACCGGGAAAGCAUUGAUCACUUGACGAUCCCGUCUCGCUGUGGGAAAGGGGUCCUGCGCCGGCUUCAGGAAGUUUUUGACUGCUGGUUUGAAAGUGGAAGCAUGCCGUACGCACAGGUGCACUAUCCGUUUGAACACCGGAGAGAAUUCGAAGAUGCUUUCCCAGCUGACUUCAUUGCAGAGGGCAUCGAUCAGACUAGAGGAUGGUUUUACACCCUCCUAGUGUUGUCGACAGCACUCUUUGGUAAACCUCCGUUCAAGAAUGUGAUUGUAAACGGACUGGUUCUAGCAAGCGAUGGACAGAAGAUGAGUAAACGCAAGAAAAAUUACCCAGAUCCUGUGCAAAUUGUAAACUCUUAUGGUGCCGAUGCAUUACGGCUGUACCUGAUAAAUUCCCCAGUGGUGCGAGCUGAAAACCUGCGGUUUAAAGAGGACGGUGUGAGAGAUGUGCUGAAAGAUGUCUUCCUGCCCUGGUACAAUGCAUACCGUUUCGUCAUUCAGAACGUCCAGAGGCUCCACAAGGAAGAGGGAGUCCAGUUCCUCUACAAUGAAAGCACGGCUAAGAAAAGCGACAAUAUCAUGGAUAAAUGGAUUCUGUCAUUCACACAGUCGCUCAUCCAGUUCUUCAAGGCGGAAAUGGAUGCUUACAGAUUGUACACUGUUGUACCAAGGCUAGUGAAAUUUGUUGACAUGUUAACCAAUUGGUAUGUGAGAACAAAUCGCAGAAGGUUAAAGGGUGAGAGUGGCACAGAAGACUGUGUUUGGGCUCUAGAAACACUGUUUAGUGUUCUGUUCUUCAUGUGCAGACUAAUGGCUCCCUGCACUCCAUUUAUUACUGAGAUGAUGUAUCAGAACAUGAAACACUUGAUCGAUCCUGCUUCGCUGGAAGAGAAGGACACCAGCAGCAUUCACUACCUCAUGCUUCCUCAAGUCAGAGUGUCGUUGAUUGAUAAGCGCAUUGAGAGCGCGGUGUCCCAGAUGCAGUCUGUCAUUGAACUGGGCAGAGUGAUACGAGACAGGAAGACACUCCCUGUGAAGUAUCCUCUGAAAGAAGUGGUCGUCAUCCACCAGGACCCUGAGGCUCUACAAGACAUCCAGUCCUUGGAGAAGUAUAUUCUAGAGGAGCUGAAUGUUCGUCAGCUGACCCUCUCGACUGACAAAGACAAAUACGGCAUCCGCUUGAGAGCAGAACCAGAUCACAUGGUCCUUGGCAAACGCCUAAAAGGAGCUUUCAAAUCUGUUACUGCGGCCAUUAAGGAACUGAAGAGUGAGCAGCUGGAGACUUUCCAAAAGACAGGUACCAUUGUGGUGGACGGGCAGGAGCUCCAUGAGGAGGAUCUGCGACUCAUGUACACCUUUGACCAAGGCUCUGGAACUGCCUCCCAGUAUGAGGCUCACUCCGACGCACAGGUUUUGGUUCUGCUGGAUGUCACCCCAGAUCAAUCCAUGGUGGAUGAAGGAGUGGCCAGGGAGGUUAUCAAUCGUAUCCAAAAGCUUCGUAAGAAGGGUCAUCUAGUUCCUUCAGAUGAAAUCACAGUUUAUUACAGCUCAAAACCAGCAGGUGAAUACUUGGAGAAAGUUAUUCAGGCUCAUACUGACUUCAUACUGGCAACUACCAAGGCCCCAUUGAAAAACUACCCAGUGCCUGCAAGUGCAAGUGUGAUCAUUCAAGAGAAAACAAAGCUGAAGGAAUCAGAUUUGGACCUCACUAUUGUAAAAGGGGCUUCAGGAGUAAGCGCUCCACUCUCUGGCCCUGCAUGUGCCUAUGUCAAUGUAAAAAUAACAGUCGACAACAAAGAGCAAGCUGGUGUUAUUCUGCUGGAGAAUCCCAAGGGGGAUAAUACACUGGAUUUCCACAGACUACUUGGAGUCUGUUCCAGCAUCUUUGACCUUCAGAAUACAAAACUGUCUGUAUAUAAUGGGAAAACGGAACUCACCAGCAAGACUGAUCUCCUGGCUCUGAAUGGAAAGACUCUGCGUGUCACGUCAGGAGCAGCUCCAGCCGAUGCCUCCAACACUAACACACUGCUUUGCCAAUAUAUUAACUUACAGCUGCUGAACACAAAGCCACAAGAAUGCCAACAUGGAAUUCUGGGAACUCUCCUGUUGGAAAACCCAGUUGGCCAGAAUGGGCUUACAUACGAAGGGCUCCUGCAUGAAGCAGCAAAGGUGUUUGGUAUCAGAAGCAGAAGACUGAAACUCUAUCUUGACGAGGCUCUAACUGAAGAAGUCACACAGGACUCCUCGCUGAAGACGCUCAGCACGAAGAUGGUGUACAUCCAAGUUUUACCAACCACUGCUGAAGCAUAAGGCUUUACAAAACAAAUACCGCUUUGCUUCUUCAAACAGUGGAAUUGCUGAUUUUAAAUGUAGUAACCCAACAAUCAGAAUUCUUCCCAGGCACAUUUAAUUACUACCAGAGUAAAACUCUGAUUGGGUACAGUGGCUUUUAUUUGGUCCUUCUGAUUUUGUAUUUGUAUUUAGUCGUAUAGUAAAUAUUUAAAGUUACCUUUUCAUCUCACUUCCUUUAAAGUGUUGAAACUUUGUGUCAGACAUUAUGCUGUUUGCAGAAUGUAUUGCAUUUAAGAUUAUGUCCAGUCAUUUUGAGCUGUAGCAGUCAAUGCAAUGAAUACCCUAAGUGUGACUGCCAUUGAAUUAAAUAGUUAAUGAAAUGCUACUUUAAAGCACUUACCUAUAAGGGUGUGUCUGGGCUAGAAUUGACAUGAAACAUUUGAAUGAUCUUGGCUGUAUUUCUGUCUGUUUUAAUGGGUGAACUGUCCUUUUGAAUUAAGCGGUUAACAGUACCUCAUAUUAUGAAAUGCUGUAUCAGACAUUUGAUGGACAUGCUCGGGUAAUGUAAUGAGAGGACAUGGGUUUUCAAGGAGGUGCACAAUACAAAGGCUUUCAAAAUACGUUGUUUUGCUUGUUUGGUUUUUUUUUUCAUCACAAAGGCUGAACAAUAAAGUACUUCCUGAUA